AUGGAAGAAGAAUACGAAAGUGUGUUGCUUAUCAUCCGAGAAUGCUUUGUCUACAGAAUUCCACCAAGAACAACUGCCAGAGGUUACAGAGCAGCUGAAUGGGGUGAUCUUGGUGAUUCAUUCUUGUGGAAAGGGCGGAUGCGAAUCAUGAGAAAGGGAAGCACAUGCACAAUCCGACUUGAAGAUCCUAACACAGGCGAAGUAUUUGCUGUGUGUCCAUAUGAUCCCAACUCAAACUCGAUGGAACCUGUGUUGGAUUCCAGUCGAUAUUUUGUACUCAAGAUCGAACAUGAAGGAAGACAUGCUUUUAUUGGUAUGGGAUUCCAAGAACGUAGUGAUGCUUUUGAUUUUAAUGUUGCAUUACAGGAUUUCACAAAACAACUUAUUGCAGAGAAGAAGGCUAGUGAGCGUGCUGUUGAAGUAGACAAUACACCCAAGAAGGAUUACAGCUGGAAAGAAGGCCAGACAAUCAACAUUAGUAUUGGUUCCGUAGGGGCCAAACGCACUCGCCCACGUCCUUCCGGAACUUCAGACUCUUCUGGAUUUGUUCCUAUUAUUCCCCCACCUCCAUCAGCAGCUCAAGUCAAGCAACAGCAGCAACAGCGACAGUUUUAACUAUAUAUUUGUGCGUGCGUGCGUGUGUGUUUGGUGCUUGAUUAUAUAUAUAUAUAUAUAUAAAAUAAAUUAAAAACGAAAUUGAAACCUC